AGCAAAUUCGUGUGGAAGUCGGAGAAAAGACGAGCUGUGAACAUGUCCAACAAGGCAGGAGACUUGACUGGAGGAAGUGUUGCUAAGGACAGCAGACCAGCCACAGACAGGGCGGCAUGCACGGAGAACCUAACGGAGACGGAUGCCUUCGUCACAAGCUCAUUAGCUUUGGAUCCUGCAGAGGAGUACAGGAUGGGCAACAAACGGCGAGGCCUCGCACUCAUCUUUAACCAGGAGCGCUUCUUCUGGCGCCUGGGGUUGAACGAUAGACACGGAACCAACGCUGAUCGUUACAACUUAGAGAAAAGACUGGAGGAGCUAAACUUUGAGGUGAAGACUUAUGAGAACUACAAGCAGGUGGAAGUCCUAGAUAAAAUCUAUGAAGCUGCAGAGGAAGACCACUCGGAUGCCGACUGCUUUUUGCUUGUUUUCCUGAGCCACGGCGAGGAUGAUCAUGUGUACGCCUACGAUGGCAAGAUUAGCAUCCAGGAUAUCACGUCCUUGUUCAAAGGAGACAAGUGCAAGAGUCUUGUUGGAAAGCCAAAGAUUUUUAUAGUACAGGCAUGCCGCGGGGACAAGCACGAUGAUGCAGUGACCGCCUGUGAUGCUGUGGACAGUGACUUGAAGACAAACAACGUGGUGGUGGAUGCUAGUGCAGUUCACACCCUCCCUGCCGGGGCUGAUUUUAUCAUGUGCUAUUCUGUGGCUGAAGGUUACUAUUCCCACCGGGAGACCAUAAAUGGCUCCUGGUAUGUCCAGGAUCUCUGCGAGUUGCUGCGAAAGUUUGGGGAUUCCCUUGAAUUCACAGAAUUACUCACGCUGGUCAACAGAAAAGUGUCAAUGAGGAGCGUUAUGAACUCCACUGACCGGAAAUCCAUUGGGAAGAAGCAAGUGCCUUGCUUUGCUUCAAUGCUCACCAAGAAGCUCUACUUCCGACCAAAAAAAUAACAAUGUAAGACCUCAGUUACCUAAUGAGCUGGUUUUAUAUAAAAGCCUAAGAAAUAGGGGCUUUAGAAAUGAGAUUUGAAACAAGAAAAACAUUGCAGAUUUUCAUCUAAUCAUUAUCAGAUUUCUGCUCAUGGACAUUAUUAUUUUCAUAUACAUUGAAAAAUUAGCUAACGAGUAGCCUUGAUAUUUCUAGUGAUAAAAUGGAUAUGAAAUAACAGGAACAACCUCUGUUUACAUCUGGAGAACAUAUAGGAGUAUUUGUGGUCAUGGGCAGUCACUUUAUUCCUGCCAUCAGAAUGCAAUCCAGUACAACAACCCCCGCAGGACUUCAAAUUAAAUUAUGUGUUGGAAACAUCUACCUGUAUGCUGUUUUACACUGUGCAUAUUUAUUGACUGCAACUGUGGCUGUCUUCCAGUCAACUAAACCAAUCAUGGCAUGAGAUACGGCAGGAUCUGAGUGUCUGACCACCUAUUUCCAAAUACCAGUGUUUACCCAAACUGUUGGGUGUCAGUUUGGCUCAAAAAACAGGCACUAUCUUUGUUAAGAUAAUAGUGUUUAUUGUCUUUUGGCAAUUGUCACAAGGGUCAAAAGUACAGUAAUUCUGAAACUGAAAGUUAUGACAUCGUUGUCCUGGACUGUAUUCUGUUGCAAGGUGUUCCUGUUAUUUUGUCCAAUCCCUGUAGAUCAGUAGACAUUUUGCACUUUCAGGAAAUUGCUUUAAAACUGCUGGAUUAUUAUGGACCACAUUCCAUUUUGGCUACUUUGUAAUCAAGUUUUAAUUACUGUGGUAGCACAGAAAUGUUGCCUUAUCGAACAUGCUAACAAAAAAUAUUUCUAUCAAGUCAAGAAAAGUAGGACUUGACAUUUCUGGUGGCCUUGCACAGAGAAGCCUUCCACUGACAAAAACAUUGUCUCUGAGGAAGCUGGAAAUGUCAGGGAAGUUUGUUUUUCUUGGCUGUUAAGUCAGUUGCGGGUACGUCUAUGAGCCAGACAAAUAUUUUAGGCGACAGAACCGCGUGGCAACCAGGACACAGUACUGUAAAUGAUUUUUGUUCACAUCAGGGUUGAAUUGUUCCACAUUGUCAGCACCAAUGAUCAGUAAUCUCUCAACAGAUCAUUCAAGCGCUACAUAAACACGUUUGUCUUCAAGCUCGCUCUUUAAAAAAAAAAAGGGAAUUCAUGUUUGUGCUGUUCUUUGUGUCACAGCAGUUUUCAGUACAUUUAAUAAUGCGCAUUUGCACCCAAAAUGACAACCAACACUUGUGUAAAGUACCUCAGGGAGGAGGGUGUGUUUUUUUAUAGAGGCUGUACUGUUGACUGAAAACACUUCCAGCUGUAUAACAUGAUACGUGUCAGGAAAAAUGAAGCUACCAGCAUACACACUGAUCCUGUAUUUUUGUUUUAUUAAACUGUAAUUGUUUGAAUGGCAAAAAAA